AUGGGAAUCGUCCAGGACACUCUUACGGCAGUCAGAAAGCUGACAAAGCGAGACACCUUCAUCGAAGUUCCAGAUUUCAUGAACCUUAUUCUCUUCAAAAUCCAAUGGAACGGUCGCUUACCAGUCCCUGCGAUUCUCAAACCACGACCUUUAUACACGGGCAAACAGCUUUUUGAGCUUUGUCUUCCAGAAGGCGUCAACUGCAUUCGAAACCACUCGACGCACCCGGACUCUGAGGACAACAGUAUCUACCGACAUAUUUCCGUAGGCGACACUCGGGUAGUCAUCGAAAAUGGAAAAUUUAUAUCCGGGAUUGUCUGUAAAAAGACUGUCGGUGCUUCUGCUGGUAGUUUAAUUCACGUAAUGUUCAAUGAAAAAGGAGCAGAUGUGACUAAACGUUUCUUUUCCGACGUUCAAAGGAUGGUGAACCAAUGGCUUCUAGUGGAAGGGCAUUCUAUCGGAAUCGGAGAUACAAUUGCAGAUGCUGCUACGUAUAAGGAAGCGGAAGAAAAGCUUCCGAAAGAUCGUAAUUUUGUGGCUCUUUUUGAAUGA